AUGCUAACCAAUCCAGAAACGGACGUUCUUCAACAACAAUUAUUAUCGAUAAAAAAACGUGCUGGGGCACGAGCAUUUGGUUCAUUAAGAACAAAUGAUUUUGAUAAUCUUUUCUAUCCAAACAAUAAACGACAUCAAGCAUUUUCACCAUUUUAUUACUAUCAACAACCAAAACGUGGCGGUGGACAUCCAUUCUACACCUAUUGGAGUCCAUCUGACGUAAAAUUCAUCGAAAAUUUUCCAUAUUUUAAAAAGCGUUCGUUGCGUGAUUCCGAUGAUUAUAUUUAUUGA